UCCGAAAAUCGAUUGUCGAUUAUCAAACUCAUUCGAAACCUGAAGCUGCCGAUCUGCUACUAUGUUAGUUUAGUCGUGUAACUUGCAGACUUGCGGACACCAGUUAAUGCAACGAACACGUUAUUGCACGUUGGGCACCGGUAAGUGAUACUCGUGAGACGAAAUGGCACCCCGUAAGCCUGCGAAACAUUCGGAGGCAGAGGUUGUAGAGAGAGCUGCAGAAGCCGGCGAUGUGUCGCCCCCGAAAAAGAAAAAAACUGUAGCGAAGGCUGCGAGUAAAAGUGACGAGGAAAAGCAAAUUAGGUUUCCGAGAGCUGCAAAAUCAACUAAAAUCGAGCAGACAGAAGGUACAGAAACGGCCACGGCGGUAACUAGGAACGCGAAAAUAAAACCCAAGACAUCAGCUAAAACCGCCUCAGUGACUGAAAAACCAAACUCUAAAAUCAAGUCCGCGCCGAAGAGGAACAAAGAGGCUGCGGAAAAAGCUGAUACGAAUCCAGUCAACGAGAAGGUGAAAAAUGCCGAGGAAACUGAAACGAAAAAGACACGCGCUAAAGCCACAGCGAAAAAGGCGGGAAUCAAUGUAGACGAAGAAUCUAAGGGAAAGUCAAAGGGAAAAGCCAAAAGAGAACCUAUUAAUGAAAAUGCUGAAAAUUUAGAAGCACCAGCUACAAAAAAGAGAAAGCAAAUAAAUGCUGAGCCAACAUCAAAGGAAAGUAAACCAAAGGCAAAAACAACAAAAAAGAAGGUCGAUGUACACGAUGAUACAAAAAAUAAAAUUUCUAGUAGAGCUAACAAUAAAACUAAAGCAACUAGCAACAAUGAGACUGAAAACGAUGUUAAAACAGAAGAUGAUAAAUCCAGAAAAGUAACAGCAUCAAGGAAAGCAAGGGGUCGUAAAAAUGAACCUAAUUCAGAUGAUAUUACAAAAGAUGAUGAGGAAGUGAAAGCAACAGAAAAAUUUCCUUCAGACUCGAUACCUGUUACCUUCAGAACAGAUACUAAUAAUGAAAGUGAAACUACUGAAAAUAAUGAGUCAGAAUCAGCUCAAACUGCUAAAAAAGGACGGAAUGUAAAGAAAAAAGAAACAUCACAGAAGAAACCUACGAAAAUGCGUGGUAAAGCUGCUUUUAGUGAAGAUGAUAUUGAUGCAACAAAAAUAGUGAAAGAAACACAAAAGAAAACAAAUAAAGAAUCAGUAGCUACUACAAAAAGAGGACGGGGGAAGAAUGCGGAUAAUACAACUGCAGAGGAGAAGAAAAUAUUGAAUUCGUCAGAAACUUUAAAUAGUAAUAAUAUGCAGAACUCAACAGAGGAUAACGGUAAAAAAGAAGAUUCAGAAAAAGAAGAGGCAAAAUACACCAAAAUGUUGGGGUCGCCCAAAAAACUAGAUGAAGUACAUAUAAAGGAUGAAAUGGGUGAAAAUAAUGUAAUAAGUACAUCAGUACACGAAGAAGAAAAUUAACAAUAUAUGUUCUAUUUUUACUUGAUACGUUUCUUCAAAAAAAAUAUAUCAUUAAUAUUUUAAUAUAUUUGAUGAAGAUACAAAUGCUAUGAGUAUUUCUAUGUUUGGAAAUUCUAAAGAAAUACAUACAUUGUAAAAUUUGAAUAAUACAUUUUGGUUAUACAUUGUUUCAAAAA